AUGGAGUAUCUCUCGCAGUUCCUACCACAAACAACGUCAAUCAUGCUGAAGCCUUCAAACUCCAUCAUGGAGAAAUACCAGCCCCUCAGGAGGAGGAUGGCGGCAAAGGUUGAGUGGGCUCAAGCUCACAUGCCAAAAGUCGUCAAGUCGCGAGCGUUUCAGAAAGCAGCGACCAUCUUUGCUUCUUUUUUCCUGGCGGUUACCUUCAUCGUUCUUACAGCCAAGUUGACGAGCGCGGGAUUGCUUAUACCAAAGGUGAUCAGCAAGAUCGGGAGAUAUCCGUCGUGUCAGAGUAAAGGUAUCAAUGGAACGAGAGAUAUAUGGGAUGUGUCACAGAAGAAAUAUGAGAAUCUGCGGGAUGACAAGUUCACCAUCGCGAUGCAGACAUAUCAGCGGCCCAAGGAACUUCAGGAGACCCUCAACGUUAUCCUAGAUGAAGAAGUCCCCUCACUUCUCGAGAUAGUUGUCGUCUGGAACGACAUCGAAAACUACCCACCAGAAGACUACGUGUCCAAACACGGAGUCCCCGUGCGAUAUCGAAAGUCGAAGCGCAACAGCCUCAACGAGAAGCUCUGGCCCGACCCUGAAUACAAGACACAGGCAAUUCUCCUCUCAGACGACGACGUCUACUACCGUCCCAGCGAUCUCGAAUUCGUCUUCCAGACAUGGCGCAAGUUCGGCAGAAAUCGAAUGGUUGGCGCUCUCGCUCGAUGCACGCCAGUUGAUACCUUCGGUUACCACACGUACACAUUCUGCUCCAACAAAAAGGGACAGGAUGACUAUAACAUGGUCCUUACCAACCUCGCGUUCUCGCAUAUUUCGUUUCUCGACUAUUACUCCUCCAACGAUACCAUCAUGACGCAGAUCAGGGACUAUGUCGACGACGGCUUCAACUGCGAGGAUCUUGCCAUGAAUUACGUCCACGGGCUACUCACCGGCGAAGGACCCUUGCUCAUCAGUGGACAUGAGAAGUAUUACAACUAUGUUCCUCGUGUGGGAAUCAGUAUGCGGAAAGGACAUAUGGCGGCGCGAAGUGCUUGUCUGAAUGACUUCUCCAAGAUGUUUGGAUGCCAUCCCUUGGUUGACGAGACUGGGUAUAUUCAACGUGGCGUGUUGGUACUAUGA